GGGGCUUGUGCGCGGUGGGGGUCUGAGCGCUCGCGGCUGCGGCGGGUCAGGUUUCCUGUGCAGGUUCUCGCGGUCUGGUGCGUCACGCGGGCGUGCAGUCACCUAGACGGUUUGCGCCUUCCGUUUACCAGAGCAUCUUCCCUCUGGUGGUAGAAGCGCAGGUGUCGGGCCGUGAGCCUGCCAUGCCAAACUCGCGGCCCAGGCCUCGCCGGGGCGCCGGCAGUGGCGCCGGGGCAGCCGGCCGGGCCGAGCUGGUGUCGCGGUCCUUGCAGAGCGCGGAGCACUGCCUGGGCGCGCAGGACUUCGGCACCGCCUAUGCCCACUACCUCCUCGUGCUCAGCCUGGCCCCGGAGCUGAAAGACGAUGUGAAGGAAACUUUUCAGUAUACACUCUUCAGAUGGGCUGAAGAACUUGAUGCUCUCAGUCGAACACAAGACUUACUUGGUUGCUAUGAGCAAGCCUUGGAACUGUUUCCCGAUGAUGAAGUGAUUUGCAAUAGUAUGGGGGAGCAUCUCUUCAGAAUGGGCUUUAGAGAUGAAGCAGCUGGGUAUUUUCGAAAAGCAGUGAAGCUAAACCCUGAUUUCAGUGAUGCAAAGGAGAAUUUUUAUCGUGUUGCAAACUGGUUGGUGGAACGCUGGCACUUUAUCAUGCUUAAUGACACCAAAAGGAAUACGAUUUAUAAUGCAGCAAUCCAAAAGGCAGUUUGUUUGGGGUCCAAAAGUGUUUUGGACAUCGGAGCAGGAACUGGAAUACUAAGCAUGUUUGCUAAAAAAGCUGGAGCGCGUUCGGUGUAUGCCUGUGAGUUAUCCAAGACCAUGUAUGAACUUGCCUGUGAUGUAGUGGCAGCAAACAAGAUGGAAGCAGGGAUCAAACUCUUACAUAUGAAGUCGCUUGACAUAGAAAUUCCAAAACACAUUCCUGAAAGAGUUUCCCUAGUUGUAACAGAAACUGUCGAUGCAGGUUUAUUUGGAGAAGGAAUUGUGGAGAGUUUGAUUCAUGCAUGGGAGCAUUUACUUUUGCAGCCAAAGACCAAAGGUGAAAAUGGUAGUUGUGAAAAAUAUGGGAAAGUUAUACCGGCAAGUGCUGUUAUAUUUGGGAUGGCAGUAGAAUGUGCAGAGAUAAGGAGACAUCAUAGGGUGGGUAUUAAGGACGUUGCUGGGAUCUGUUUGCCAACCAACGUGAAAUUUCAGAGCCCGGCUUAUUCUUCUGUAGAUGCCGAAGAAACAAUCGAACCUUAUACAACUGAAAAGAUGAGUCGAGUUCCUGGAGGAUACUUAGCUUUGACAGAGUGCUUUGAAAUUAUGACAGUAGAUUUCAACAAUCUUCAGGAAUUAAAAAGUCUUGCAACUAAAAAACCUGAUAAAAUUGGUGUCCCUGUUAUUAAAGAAGGCAUACUCGAUGCUAUUGUGGUUUGGUUUGUACUCCAGCUUGAUGAUGAACACAGUUUAUCCACAAGUCCUAGUGAGGAAACAUGCUGGGAACAGGCUGUCUACCCCGUACAUGACCUUGCAGACUACUGGAUAAAGCCUGGGGACCAGGUGAUGAUGGAAGUGUCUUGUCAAGAUUGUUACUUGAGAAUCCAGAGUAUCAGUGUCUUCAACUCGGAACAUGAAAUGGAUGUUGGGAAAAGCUUUACCAAGAAUAAAGACCUGCUGUCUUUGGGAAAUGAGGCUGAACUCUGUAGUGCCCUGGCCAACCUUCAGACCAGUAAACCAGAUGCUGUGGAUCAGACAUGUGUAUUGGAAUCCACAGAAAUUGCUUUGCUUAAUAACAUCCCAUACCAUGAAGGCUUUAAAAUGGCAAUGAAGAAAGUGUUGUCUUCACUGACUCCGGAGAAGCUGGGUCAGGCCAUGGAUACUCAGUGUCAGGAUAACGAGAUGCGCUGUGAACGUGGGCAGAGUAAUUGUGAGCAGAGCAUCCCUGAGCCUCUGUAUGUGUUAGAUGUGUCUGAGGGCUUCUCUAUCCUGCCUAUAAUUGCUGGCACACUCGGGCAGGUUAAACCUUACAGCUCUGUGGAGAAAGACCAGCAUCGUAUGACUCUGGACCUCAUAUCUGAAGCCAACCACUUUCCUAAAGAAACACUUGAGUUUUGGUUGAGACAUGUGGAAGAUGAAUCUGCUGUGUUGCAGAGGCCCAAAUCAGACAAGUUGUGGAGUAUAAUUAUACUGGAUGUCAUUGAACCAUCUGGGCUCAUCCAGCAGGAAAUAAUGGAAAAAGCUGCAAUAUCCAGGUGUUUGCUACAGUCCGGAGGCAAGAUCUUUCCCCAGUAUGUGCUGAUGUUUGGGUUGCUCGUGGAAUCGCAGACGCUGGUGGAGGAGAGCGCUGUUCAGGGAACAGAGCGAACUCUUGGAUUCAAUAUAGCACCUUUCAUUAACCAGUUUCAGGUACCUAUACGUGUAUUUUUGGACCUAUCCUCAUUGCCGUGUAUACCUUUAAGCAAACCAGUGGAACUCUUAAGACUAGACUUAAUGACACCAUAUUUGAACACCUCUAACAGAGAAGUAAAGGUACGCAUUUGUAAAUCUGGACAAGUGACUGCCAUUCCCUUUUGGUAUCAUAUGUACCUUGACGAUGAGAUUAGGUUGGAUACUUCAAGUGAAGCCUCCCACUGGAAACAAGCUGCAGUUGUUUUAGAUAAUCCCAUCCAUGUGGAAAUGGGAGACGAGCUCAUACUCAACGUCCAGCACCACAAAAGCAAUGUCAGCAUCGCAGUAAAGCAAUGAAGAGCAGCUUUCCAAUGAAAAAAUGUGGAAGUAGAGCAGCAAGUACACAGUUCUUCUAGUCUGAAUUAGUAGUGGGAUUAUAAUCAUAAAAUGGAGGUAUAAAGAUUUAAGUCCUUGUAAUGGUCAAAUAUUUUUAAAAAACUGACAUUAAUAAAGUGUAUUUAAAAGAUCC